AGCAGAGGGCUCGGGUUCUAUCGAGAGGGAGGCGAAGGGAGUCCGGGCGCCCCUUCCUACGCUGUGUUCCCAGGGGGGGUCGGCGGCUGAGCUGAGCUCUUCAGGCACGAAUUUGGGAACGCUUCACGGAAGCCUCCGCGGGAGAGGUGCGCGGCAACUGCUGCAGCCCCACCCGCCAGCCGACCAGGCCGGCUCGGAGUCCGCGGCGUCACCUCCCCCCGACCGGAGUGAGAACUGGCCGCGAGUCGCGGCAGCCAUUAAAUUCCUGCUGCCCCGCUGUGCGACGGAGGGUGGGCUGCGGCUGCCGAGCGCUCAAGGCGAGUGCGGGGCGCUUUAGGAGCUGAAAUCCAUCUUGACCGUUCAUGUAUUUUGAAUUAGAGAAUGAUCGUCAUUUGCUACUUUGGCCUCCUCCCAUAUCACCAGAACAAGCUGUUGGCAAAAUGUUGACCCAGGAGACCAAGAAGACCUUUAAACAGGAAGAACAGGAGGAAGAGGAGAAGGUACAGCAGCACAAUCCCCACUUGAAGGGCCUCAGAGAAGGGCAGAAGACAUCUGAGGAACCUGUGGUCAAGAAGAAACAUAACUGUUCCAACUGUGGAAAGAACUUUUGCCGCCGCUCAGACCUUGUCAGACACCAGAAACUCCAUUCGGGAGACAGGCCCUUCACCUGUACGAAGUGUGGGAAAGGGUUUGUCCAGAGCACCCACCUCAUUGCCCAUCAGAAGAGCCACGCCAGAGAAAAGCCCUACUAUUGUCCUCACUGUGGGAGGAGCUUCAAUCAGAUCUUAAACUUCAACAGGCACCAGAGAACCCACUCCCAGGAACCCCCUUUCAAAUGUUCCGACUGUGGGAAAACCUUCAGCCGCAGUUCGAACCUCAUUAUGCACCAGAGGACCCACACAGGAGAACGACCCUACAAAUGUUUCGACUGUGGGAACAGCUUCAGUCGGAGUUCAACCCUGGUGACUCAUCAGAGGACCCACACCGGCGAGAAACCCUUUAAGUGCCAAGACUGCUGGAAGAGCUUCGGAAGACGCUCAACCCUCGUCAUGCACCAGCGGACUCACACGGGGGAGAAGCCCUACAAGUGCUCUGACUGCCCUGAGACGUUCAGCGUGAAGUCUGGCCUUCUCAGUCAUCAGAGAAUCCACAUGACCGAGAAGCCCUACCUGUGCCUGGAGUGUGGCAAAAACUUCUGCCGGAGUGCAGACCUCAUUAUACACCAGAGGAUUCACACUGGAGAAAAGCCCUAUCAGUGCAAUGCCUGUGGCAAGAAAUUUAAUACCAACUCCCAUCUUGUGACACAUCAGAGGAUCCACACAGGGGAAAAACCAUAUAAAUGCCCCGAAUGUGGGAAGAGUUUUUCUUAUAGUUCAGUCCUGGUUGGUCAUCAGAGACUUCACACAGGAGAGAAACCGUAUGCGUGUCUUGAGUGUGGGAAGACUUUCCGUAACAAUUCACAUCUAAUCACUCAUCACAGAGUACACUCAGGAGAGAAACCCUACGCGUGCCCUGAGUGUGGUAGAAAUUUUAGUGUAAGCUCAAAUCUUACCAAGCAUCGGAAAAUCCACGAGAGAGAGACAUCCUUUAAGGGUUCUGAAUAGGAAAUGUAGUCGAUGACAUUCUGAUUAGCAACUUAAAAAAUGCUUAAGAAGAAGAUAAAUAAUACGGCUUAUUCUGGAAAUUUUGCUAGAACAUCCAAAUGUUUGCAGUAAGGAUAGCCGAGAUGGAAGUAGACAUAAGAUAGCAAAGAAUGUAUUCCAUGUCUAGUAUGAAAGGAUUUCACUAUUAAAAAAAAAAAAGAUUUUUUUAAAAAGAAUUCUCUUUAAGGGUAGGAUAGGAUGAAGAAAAUGUAUUAAGUUCAAAUUCUGAAACAAGGAAACUCAUACGUGUUUCUUUCUCCCCAAAAUAAUGUUACACAAAGAAAGUAUACUUGCAUACCUUUUCUUGCUUACUUGCUGUUGUAAAAUCCUAAUUUUUCAACAUAUUCUGGUAGCCGAGCAUAAGAGAAAUGUGGAAAGGUAUGAUAGCAGGGAGAGGGCUUUUUUUUUUACACAUGUGGGGGAUUCCAGCUGUUAGGUUAGUCAUCAGGAAAUGCCAGGCAAUCAUGUUUCAGGCAAAUGGGUCAAAAUACUGUUAGAACUUAAAAUGGCUCUGAUUCAGUCCUGCUGUAGCUCCUGUGCUGUAAGCCGCUUGCGUGUUGAAUAAACAGAAAAGCGGGAUAUGAUAAAUAAAGACGGUGUUUUACUUGGCUGCCAAAAGUGUA